UAUCGCAAUGCAGGUGAGCAGAUGCGCUUUUUGAGGGCAAGUAACUUGGAUAUUCCCAUCACAAGAUCAGCACAGGAGCACAACACAGGCCAGAGUUUAAGGGGCAGUAUGGCCAACUUCAAGGGACAUGCAUUACCUGGUACAUUCUUCCUGCUGUUUGGCCUGUGGUGGUCAAUAAAGUACUCGUUCCGACAGAUACAGAGGAAAAAAGAGAGGCAACAUGGAGACAGAGACAGACAUACUGUGCUCUUCAACCGCAUAGAUUUAAUUGAAGGAGUUUUAAAGAUCUUUUUUGCAUUUGUUGGGAUCAUGGCAGAGCAGUUUGUGCCUGAUGGCCCUCAUGCACAUCUGUAUCAGGACGGCUGGGUGAAGCUGAUGAACUGGCAGCACAGCACCAUGUACUUGUUUUUUGGUAUUGCUGGCAUUGCAGAUGUUUUCAGUGUGUCUUCUCGCCACGUGCCUGUUGGUCUUGACCGCCUCUCUCUUUCCUUGGCUCUCUUUGUGGAAGGGUUCCUUUUCUAUUUCCAUGUCCACAAUCGUCCCGCUCUGGACCAGCACAUCCACUCUCUGCUUCUGUUUGCUGUGUUUGGUGGAUCCGCCAGCACAAUGCUGGAGGUGUUUAAGCGAGAUAACACAGUGCUGGAACUUCUUAGGUGCAGUUUGGCCAUCCUACAAGGAACAUGGUUCUAUCAGAUUGGGUUUGUGCUGUAUCCUCUAAAUGGAGAACAGUGGGAUCUGGACAGACAUGACAACAUCAUGUUCAUCACCAUGUGCUUCUGCUGGCAUUUUGCUGUGGCUCUGCUUGUUGUGGGCAUCUGCUAUUGUGGAGUUUUUUGGUCUUCAAAAUGGUGUGGAGGAAGACAACUAGACGACAUGGAGAUGGGCCUCAGAAAGUGCACUGCCUCAGAUUCUAGCUCCCAGAAGGCUUUGCUUCAGGAAUCAGAUGAAGAGUAGUGUGAGCAUGUGAUGACUGCCAGGACUGAAUGCACUGAAUUCAAGGCUUUUUGCCCUUUUCUCUUCUAGCCAUCUGUCUUCCAAUAGGACCUUAUGACUUUGUUUAUAUCCUUUUACUGCAAAAGAUAUUCAUCAAAGUGGACUUGUAAAUUAUGUGGUUGUCACAGGUGUCAGAAUCACCUGGAAUGAACCUGACCCCAGAAAUUUUUCACACUAGGUAAAGAAGAGAUCAUGACAUUCU